GGGGCUCAGAUUGGCCGCACUUACCCGGCGCAGGUGCGUGGAGUUUGCCUUUUUUUUUUUUUUUUUUUUUUUUACGACGCCGCAGCUGUAGAGCGAUUUCUUUCUCUCACUUCGGGACACACUGACGCAUUUGACGCCGGGGGAGCUACGAUACGAGACCGGGACAGGGACAGGGGACACAGAUACACACAUGCAAGAGAGCAGAACGAUCAACAGCAGCGUUAUCUGGAGGGUGACAUCGUGUUUGACCGUGUUUACGCAUGGAACUCGCGGUGGCAGGCGAGACGCACGGUCGUUACGGGAUGUCGUGUGCCACUUCUUCGAUUAACCGAGGGGACUGCUGAUUUGCUGUUUAUACGAAGAAUUUGACCGAGGUGUCAUUGGCCAGAAAAACCAACUCGCUUCUCCUCGCGUUUGGAUCGAAAUGAGUAAUAACGCACGCUGAUUUGAACCAAAAAGAAAAAGAAAACAACAACGCACAGGGAGAUAUUUUGAUUCGUCUUUCCCAAGGACGAAAACGGAGAAUAAAUCUUAGAAGGGGCAGCGAAAGUGGCUGAGGUGCCAAGGGAGAACAAGCAGAAGAACGCAUGGAAGUCCGGGACACGUCAAGCAACCCGUCCAAAAUGACCAUCAUCGGAAAGAUUUUCAAAGUUCGCAAGCGGAGGGAGAAGCUUUUCGCGCAGGUGUGCUUCGUCUGCAGUGUCCUCUUCGUGGCGUGGACUAUGUCGGUGGUUCUGAGCAAGACAGGUCACAGCAUGGUGAUGGUGGAGGAGGGGGACUCGGAGGUGGAGCGCUGGGGCAGGCGGCUGAUGGCGUCUACGCUGGAGAACGACACCAUGCCCAAGAACUGCUCCCAACCAGCCAUUCAUGAGUUCCCAGAGGACUUCUUCACCAACGACGAGAGGAAGACUGGGGCCGUCCUGCUGCACAUUGUGGCUACUCUGUACAUGUUCCUGGCUCUGGCCAUCACCUGUGACGAGUACUUUGUGACGUCUCUGGAGAAGAUCUGUGAGAAACUGGACCUGAGUGAGGACGUAGCAGGAGCCACCUUCAUGGCAGCGGGCAGCUCUGCUCCAGAGCUCUUUGCGUCGGUCAUCGGCGUCUUCAUCACCCAUGGCGACGUGGGGGUGGGAACCAUCGUGGGCUCGGCGGUCUUCAACAUCCUGUGCAUCAUCGGCGUGUGUGGGAUCUUCGCCGGACAGGUGGUGAUGUUGACCUUCUGGGCUGUGUUCAGGGACUCCUCCUACUACAUCCUCUCCGUCAUCGCUCUGAUCGCAUUCAUCUAUGACGAGAAGAUUGUCUGGUGGGAGAGUGUGGUGCUAGUGGUCAUGUACGCAGGAUACAUCUUGAUCAUGAAGUUCAACUCGAGCAUGCAGAGGUUCUUCACGAGGAAGCCCAAGAAGAACGUCGCCAACGGCAACGCGGCGGUGACGAGCAGCGAACUGGAGGAUGUGAAGCCCAGUAAGGAGUACAGCCGCGGCUCGGUGGUGAUGGUGGACGAGAUCAUCAACGCCAGCCCGUCUAAGUUCCGCUUCCCUGAGGCCGGACUGCGCGUCAUGGUAACCAGCCACUUCGGACCCAAGACCCGGCUCAGGAUGGCCAGCCGCCUCAUCAUCACUGAGCGCCAGAAGUUGGUGCAGACGGCGAACGGCGUGGAGACACAAGUGGUGGAUGGGAAAGUGGACCUGGAGAACGGAACUGUGCCCGAGGACAAGAAGCCCGAGACUGAGGAAAGCGACACCAUCUCCCCCUUCCACAUACCCAGAGGUUGUGGCAGUAAGAUCAAAUGGCUGAUCUCCUGGCCUCUGCUCCUGCUGCUGUUCCUGACCGUGCCAAACUGUGCCAAACCGCGCUGGGAGAAGUUCUUCAUGGUCUCCUUCAUCCUGUCCACCGUCUGGAUCGCAGUCUUCUCCUACGUCAUGGUCUGGAUGGUGACUAUUAUUGGCUACACAUUGGGAAUCCCGGACGUCAUCAUGGGCAUCACGUUCCUGGCGGCAGGCACCAGCGUUCCAGACUGCAUCGCCAGUCUCAUCGUGGCUCGGCAAGGCCUCGGUGACAUGGCGGUCUCAAACACCAUCGGCAGUAACGUGUUUGACAUCCUGGUGGGUUUGGGGGUGCCCUGGUUUCUGCAGACUGUGUGCAUCAGUUAUGGCUCUGAGGUCAUGAUAAACAGUCGUGGGUUGGUGUACUCUGUGGUGCUGCUGCUGGGCUCUGUGGCUCUGACGGUGCUGGGGAUCCACCUGAACAAAUGGCGUCUCGACUUCAAACUGGGCGUGUACGUGCUGAUCCUGUACGCCAUCUUCCUCUGCUUCUCCAUCCUCAUCGAGUUCAACGUCUUCACCUUCGUCAACCUGCCCAUGUGCACGGAGCCCUGACCGCGAGCCCCGCACACCCCACUCCACGCCAUUGGCCGAUUUCUCAGCUCAGUAAUAACGGACCUAUCAAUGAACUGCUUUCUCCUUCCUUCCGCACUUUUUUGUGAUCCGAAAUCCAAAAUUUUGUUCCCGAAUUCGACCAAUUCUCUGUUGAGGCAUUCCAGUUUCAGUUUUAUCAUGACGACGUUAAUUCCGUUGGUUUUGGCUGCUAACUUCUACCCGGCUAGCAUGCUUUUAGAUACGGGGGACUUCGGAAUCGGAAUUUCGACAGCGCCCCCGUUGCUCUUGGACAUUGUAAAUUUUUUUCCAUGUUUAUCCCAAAGCCAGAUCUUGAACCAAAAUUUUGACCAUUCCUUUCAACCAAAACACUCCAACUCCCAAGUAUUCAUUCCUACGUAAAAUGCCAAAAUCAUCUGUCAACAUGUGCCGUGUUGUUGAAAGAGCGGGGCGUGUCCUUGCGAAGUGGGUGUGUCCUCAAGAGUGCGUGUCUCUGGAAGCUCCUCCCCCUUCCGUUUUUGGACCUGUCUCUGCAUGGCCUCUUUCCGUCUCCGCUUUAUGAUCCCCGCUCUCCGAAUUUCGGUUUGAAUCCUUCACCUCGUAACGCGAUGUCCACGUUCCUACUGACUGUAAUGGUGUUAUGCAUACGCAACACUGCACAAUGUAAACUUGUAUUUAUGUUAAUUAUUUUGUAUUUAUUGUUUUUCAAGAUCAAUAUUUUGUGUCUGAAUUAUCGAGGAGAGUCGCAAAUACUAUAGGAUGUUGCCUGUUUGUUUUUUUUUCACUGAUACAAAUUGCACAUAACUGCUUUUCUCGCUUUGUGCUGUAAGGAGAUUUGACCACUAGGUGGAGCUGGCACUGGGACGCUCCACUAACAUUGUAUCUUUCAACAGCCGUGAUGGUUACUCAACUUAACCCCGCCUCCUUCUCCGCACAACUACAACUGAACGAAAAACUGCAUUCAGGAAAACAAUAAUGCAAGCGAUACAACUCAACACUUCCACCCUUUGGUCAACAGGGGGUGCCAUCACAGCCUGUCGGUUAUCAGGGAAAAUCUCUCCAGGAGGUGGCGCCGGUGGUCUGUCCAUGUAGAUAUUGCACUUUAAAACAGCCGUCCUCUCUCAUCCGAAUCAGAUAGUGCUUCCUUCUCCGUGAGUGCGUAAUCGACGUGUUUCCGUGCGUGCGUGUGGGACAUUUUAGGCGCGCUUGGUUUUUCCUCCCCCCCAUCUCCCCCCCCUUCCCCCGAAAAACAACGACUCCAAAUCAUCACGAGCGCACACUUUUCCUCCCUGUGUCUGCAGUGCAUGCGGGUACUUUAAUUAAAUGAAACAAAAAAAUGACACAAAGCUCUUUUUUUCGAAACAGCACAGCGAACAACUUUGAAAAAACGGAAAGCCAACUUUUGAUCUUUAAGAAGAAAAAAACAAACAAAAAAACACCGGCAGCUACGUGCUACAUUGCUAACGCGGACUUUUACGACAACGUGCAAAAACGCCUGUAAGGAGUCUACAAGCGAAUGGCAGAGAGACUAAAACAAAAAAAAUACGGGGUGUGUUCUAAGUGUUUAAAUUUGUAACUGUUUAGCGUCGCUAGGCAGGAUCUUGUAUAUGCAAUUUCUAUGUAAAGAAUCGGAUCGUCCGCUGGGAGGUUGCCAUAUCCAAACUGGAGUGACGUGAGUUUGUCUAGUGACGUGUGAGCUCACAAGUGUGUUAUUUUUAUUUUUACAGAAGACUCAAAAGCUGACAUUUUUUGACCCCGUUUCUGACCCCACACCCCCAGAACCCCACCUGCUGUUUCGUGUACAAGGGCAUUAAAACGAAUCGCAAACCUCGCUAAAGAGGCGGAGAGAUGCAUGACGGAAUCGAUGACUUUAGUAUCGGACUUGGGAAAUUUGGAAGUUUUCGGAAGGAGCAGAGAGACUCGUAGAUCAACCGGACCUAUUUUCUUUGGACUUUUGGCUUUAUCUGCGAAUGUUUCCAAAAAAAAAGUGUUAUAUUUUUGUGUAUAUUGAUGCAAGAAUCAUUUUUGUCCAUUUUGUUUGUUACCAGUCACUUUUGGAGGAAAAAAUAUUGACUACUUUGCCAUAUUACUUGUUGAAAUGGGACUCUGUGUCGAUCCUAUGUACAGUUAAACGCACACUUUAGGUUGGGACAGAAUUUAAGUGAAUUUGAAAGAGGAGGAUUUGUUUUCAGAAACGCGACCCGAUGCACUGUGAGCUCAAUGUGACGUGGAAGUUGUUUGUGGAGAAUAAUAAUAAUAAUGAGUAAAUGAUUAUAAAAUAUAUUUAAUGUAAAGUUAGUUACUAUUAAAAAAAUAUUAGGAGGACAUCUGUAUAACUUAUAUGAAUGUAUUGUCUUGCUAUACCGGACAUAUCCAACCAAUGCAUUUUACUGUAAAGCAAUAAUGUGAAGAAAAAAAUUAAAAUGGCG